GGAUCCCGGGCCUAUUGCCCGAGACUGGAAAAUGAGCCACUGGGCAUCUCUCCACAUCUCAUCUACAGGCUCCAGGGUGCCCCUUCUCAUAUUAAGUAGGAGCUCAAUGGCCAGGAAGAGGCUGAGAAGCCGGGAGCAGAAGGCUGCAAGAGCCCGACUUUAUCUUGCUCUUCAGAGACCUGAGGGCAGGGGGCCAGGUGAUGGGGCCUUUAGUCUCACCUUCUCAACCCAAAAUGGCUCACUUUUCUCUUUACUGCUACCCACACCCAAGCCGUAAGCUUCAGGCACCGUUUUCUUUUCUUCCUCCUCCCUCUCUCCCCCUCUUUUAUUUUUAUUUUUAUUUUUAAAGAAAAUAGCCGUCUGGCAGAAGGGGCCCAGCUGUGGAGAUCUCUCGCCGCCCAGCGAGCUCAGCAAGGGGCCGCCGGUCUUCCGAACCCCUUCCCAGGGAAGGCGGUAAGGCCGAUCAGUAAAUUCUCCAAUUAUUAGCCACCACUAACACAAGGCUUCGGAUCUGGCCUCCGAAUUGAUAGCUGGCAUCUGGCAAGCUUGUUAAAGGGGAUCUGUUUUAACCCCAAACUCCCGCAUAAGAGUUACCACCCAAACCUUAACCGCCCAGGCGGUUGCCGUUCUAUUCUUUGCCCGUGCUGUGUUCCUCUUCUAGGGUCCCUGUCCAUCUCGGUUCCUAGGCCUAGGCUAAGGAUGAGUGGUCAGAAGGAAAAUUCCAAACUUCCCAGGGGCCCAGGAGAACGAAGAGCUUUCCUGCCUCUUCCAGCUUCUCUCCCGCCCAGUCCUGCGGCUCUCUGCUCGCUCGCCUUGUGGACCCGCCGCGAAGCCUAGCCAGGAAGCAGGCCUGGCUGAGCUAAUACAAUUCUUAUAAUUGUUUUUCACACACAACUUCUAACCCUUUCCCCCAUUUCCUUACCUAAGUUGGGUAAGGAAAGCUUAAGGAGGGGAGAUCAAGCAACUACAUCUUUGAUCAUAUUAUCCAGAGUUAAAAUAAAAUGAUGAUGAUAAUGUCAGAGAGGCUAUAAAUAGAGGGGGUAGCCACACCCUAACGAAGUAGGCAAAAGACUCAAAUCCAUCUUCCUAAAGGUUCGACCCUGUGGGUGAGCUGCGGGCCGGGUUUCUUUCUUGCUUGGCGGUUGCACAGAGCCAGCAGAGGUUGGCUCCGCCGCCAUGGCGGCCUGCGGCCCGCGCUCCCGUCAAUCGCCGGGAGGUGGCGCGCUCUGCUCAGAGGCCAACGUCAACCUUCUCCCUGUUUUUCCCCCUUCUCACUUUCUCCCCCCUCUCGGAGGCUCGCAUUGAAUCGGCCCUAACGAUUCUCCGAUCGUCAUUAUUUGUAACCAUAGAGCAUGAAUUACCUCUUGAGGUCAUCAGUGAGAAUUUACGACUGGUCAACAAAAGCACGUGAUUCCCUAACGCCCCCCCAUCCCCCUUCUAACCCCCCCCAUAUUUGGCCGCAUACAUAGCAAAACGAAGUACAGUGCAUCGCUAUAAUUCAUUAAUACAUCAUAAAUCGUGAAGCACAGGGUUAUAACGACCACGAUCCACAAAUCAAGCCCUCCAAAAUCACCCAAAUGAGCUCGUACUUUGUAAACUCCUUCUCGGGGCGUUAUCCAAAUGGCCCGGACUAUCAGUUGCUAAAUUAUGGCAGUGGCAGCUCUCUGAGCGGCUCUUACAGGGAUCCCGCUGCCAUGCACACCGGCUCUUACGGCUACAAUUACAAUGGGAUGGAUCUCAGCGUCAACCGCUCCUCGGCCUCCUCCAGCCACUUUGGGGCGGUGGGCGAGAGCUCGCGCGCCUUCCCUGCGUCCGCCCAGGAGCCCCGCUUCAGGCAGGCGACAUCCAGCUGCUCCCUGUCCUCGCCCGAGUCACUGUCCUGCACUAACGGCGACAGCCACGGCGCCAAGCCCUCUGCUUCGUCCCCUUCCGACCAGGCGACCCCAGCCAGCUCCAGCGCCAAUUUCACCGAAAUAGACGAGGCCAGCGCGUCCUCUGAGCCUGAGGAAGCUGCGAGCCAGCUAAGCAGCCCGAGCCUGGCUCGGGCACAGCCAGAGCCCAUGGCCACCUCUACAGCCGCGCCCGAGGGGCAGACUCCACAGAUAUUCCCCUGGAUGAGGAAGCUUCACAUCAGCCACGAUAUGACUGGGCCAGACGGAAAAAGGGCCCGGACCGCCUAUACUCGCUACCAGACCCUGGAGCUGGAGAAGGAAUUCCACUUCAAUCGCUACCUGACCCGGCGGCGACGUAUCGAGAUCGCCCACGCGCUUUGCCUGUCUGAGCGUCAGAUCAAAAUCUGGUUCCAGAACCGUCGCAUGAAGUGGAAGAAAGACAACAAACUGAAAAGUAUGAGUUUGGCUACAGCCGGCAGCGCCUUCCAACCCUGAGCCCAUCCGGAGGAGCCCUGGGAGGCCCAAGAGCCCGCACCACCCCCAGCCCGACCCUUCCAAUCUUCCCUGCACUGCCGCUGCCCGCUGGGGACCAGUUCCCACGAGCCUGUCCCACCCCAGCCCUGUGUUACAAUUUUUCGUUUGGUCUUAGGUCUUCCCAUGGCUCCCUCUCUCCUGGACUGGUUAUUCUUGUUAUUAUUGUUAAUAAUAAUAAUUAUUAUUAUUAUUUCCCCUCCGUGCUCCCCACUUCUCUUGGCUCGCCCCAAGUUGCCAGUGUUUCUGAAUGUCCUCGUGUCUGUGGUUGCGCUCCUUUCCCCAGGAAAAAGAAAAGAAAAAGAAAUUCGCAUGUUUAAUGUGACUUCCCACUCCCUGUCUGUGUUCUAACUUAUUUAUAAAAGGAUGAUGGCUGUAUUUUGAGUUUCUGCUGGAAACUUCCAUGAGGGGUAGCAGUUGAGGCUGGGUAGUGCUGGGCCCAGCUGAGCUGGCUCUAGGAAUGGAGUCCAUGACUGGUCUUUCUCCCACUUCAGCAGCCCCACCCUGGCCCCACCCCUAGGCUCAGGUAGCUUGUUCCUUGGGGUGGGAAGGGAGCUAGGGAAGGAUCAAAGUGUGGAUCCUGAGAAGAGGAGAGGAAAAGAGCAAGAGUUAGGCUCCUGCUGCCUGGUAGGCCCUACAAGGCCUAGUCUGGAAGUGUAUGGAAUCAGAAAUAAUCCUCAGUGUAAAAUGUCUUGUGGUUUUUCUCUGUGAAUCCGUGGGUCUGGCUAGAAGGCCCAAAGCUUGUAAAUAUAAGGGUAGUCUGGGUCAGGCCAAUCACUUCCUCUCUUACCCAUUUCGCUUCCGAGACCAUUUGUAGUGAGCGAGUGGAUGCUGUGCUACGCGCGUGGUGAAAUCUGUCUUUGCCAGGCCUGUCUCAGUGAUUAGCUUUUGGUAUGUCUGUAGCUUUUCCUUGAAGUCGAAUAAAUGUUUCCCCCACUCCA